AUGGUGGAAACCUUUCCUAUUGGCGCUCCUUCAAGCAGAGAAGAAUCAGAAGCGGUGCCUUUCCCGGGAAUCAGAACCAGUCAGGCCCGCCGGACACGCACACAGCCGCAGAUAUGGGAACUGAGGGAGAACCAAAAUCUUUGUAACGGCGCUCCUCUGUUCAGGAACCUGACAGUAUGUUGGGGGGUGGCGAUGGAGGCCGUCCCCGGGGAAGGAGAGUGUUAUGAGUUGUUGCUACAUGAAUCACUGACGAUGGUAAAUGGGGUAGAGUGUGUUAGCAAUGAUGGGCCCCAGGAAGGGAGUGGGUUUCAAGUGCGAGUACAAGGGACGACACCCACAAGAUGUGGCUCGCCACUGUGGAGGAGAACCGCCACAGUUAAAUUUAUACAACUUGGAUUGCUGGUGCUGCAUUUGACGUGGUGCCGCUGCCCUUUCUUUGCGGUCCGGUCCUUUAAUGCACUGCAGGAUGGGCUGCUCCUCGAUACAGAGAGGAUCUACACCGAAGCCACUCAAGUGUUUCUUGAUAGACAUGCCCAGGCACGACCUUUACAUGGGAGCUCAAGAAUGCCCAUUGAUAACUUCAUGAAGGAGAACACGGUAAUACUGACUGAACUCUUCGCCACUACAAAGGUGUUGCGGGGGUGGAGGUGA